CUGUGAUUCAACAGAGGGCGCUCUUCGCAAAACACAGGCGAGUUGACUUUGGAGUUUCCACCAAAUUUCGUAGUUUUUCGUACUCGAGUUUUCCGUUGAUACACCGUCAUCAAAAAUGAACAAUUGAAUCCAUUUACCAGCAAGACACCAACAAAAAAAUUCUCUUGGAAAUGGCAGCGUUACAGACAAGGUUCUUCUGGACUUCGUCCCUAGUGAAACAUUCCUCCAGGACAACACAAAGGACCUCCCUCCACUGCCGAAAUUCGCUAGUCCCUCACAGCUCCUGGAUUUUACACAACAGACCACUCUGUCUGAGUUCAGGACACAAAACUCAGGAGACCCAACCCCAAGAAGCGGAGAGACCAGCCAAGAAACUCUUCCGAGAGCUCGUGUCGGAGCAUAGGGCCGCCAUCGCUCAGUGUAUCACGCUGGUGGAGUCCACUCACCGCGCCAAGCAGGCACAGGCAAGGGAACUUCUCGCCGAAAUUCUCGCCUACCUGAGGAAGAAGACGACAGAGAAUCAUGGAAUACCCCCCUCAUUCCGAAUAGGCUUGACAGGGCCGCCCGGUGCGGGAAAGUCCACGUUCAUAGAAGCGUUUGGCAAGCAACUGACCGAGGCAGGCCACAAGGUGGCGGUGUUGGCUGUCGACCCAUCCUCUUCAUACAGUGGAGGUUCUUUGCUGGGCGACAAGACAAGGAUGCCCGAGUUGACACGGGACAUGAGAGCUUACAUCCGUGCAUCGCCCACGUCCGGCAGUCUCGGUGGAGUGGCGCGUAACACCAACGAUGCCAUUGUUGUCUGUGAGGGCGCCGGCUUCGACAUCAUCCUUGUUGAAACCGUUGGUGUUGGUCAAUCAGAAUAUGCGGUUGCAGACAUGGUGGACAUGCUGCUGUUGUUGGUCCCACCGGCCGGUGGCGACGAGCUCCAGGGAAUCAAACGAGGCAUCGUGGAGAAAGUUGACCUGAUCCUGGUGACCAAGGCAGACGGGGAGCUGAAGAUCCCCAGCCGACGGGUCAAGACGGAGUACACGAGCGCCCUCAAGCUCAUGCGCAAGAGAUCGGCCGUCUGGUCACCUAAGGUGAUGCAGGUGUCAGCCGUCACCAAGACCGGUCUGACGGAAGCCUGGGACGCGAUGUCCGAGUACCGGAACAUCAUGGUCAAGUACGACCUCCUACUCCCCAAGCGCUCCAAGCAGCACCGCAUUUGGAUGUGGAACCACAUCCGAGACAACAUCAUGGACAUCUUCCGCUGUCACCCGGACAUCGGGCCGGAGUUACCGCGGAUGGAAGCGGAGGUAGAUCAGGGGAGAAUCACCUCGGGAAUGGCCGCCGAUAUACUGCUCGGCAGGUUCCGAGCAAGGAUGUCCUGGCACGACAAUGAUUUAUAAUGCUUCUCAUAGCUUCUUAAUUGUGUUUAUAAGAUAGUUGAGACUAUGGCGUGGGUUGUUUGCAAUUGGCGUGCUAUGGUGACAAGCCAUAGACAUUGACAGUGAUGCCCGUUUAGGAUGUGCUAAAAGCCCCGUGGCAAUUAGUGGACCCUACCAGCAUGUCAAUUAAACAGCCUGCAUUGACCAAUUAGAGCAGGACUUUUGGUCAGGUGACCAAAAGUCACAGGCAGGUGGGUGGGGCUUAUGACCUAAUCUGGAAGCCAUUAUGAUGCCUAAACUGUUUUCACUGCAAGCAUGUCUAGUUCCCAGAAAUCAUAAGUGAAAAGCUAAUGUGAGUUUGAUCAUUGCCUCAUAGGCAGGUAGUCCUAGCAUAAGCAACAUUUUGGGAUGACUCCCCACUUGUCCUUGUGAAACUAUCUGCUGUAUGGCUUCGUGGCUGAAAGCGUGUAUGGCUUCCUCAAGCGAUAGUAAACUUCAAAGUUUGAUCAAUGCAUUGUAGGUAACUGCUUUUGGCUUGAGUAAAACCUCUUUUAUGGCGUCCCAUUUUUUUCUGUAAAAUUGCUCCAGUAUUUGCCAGUCAGUUUUAUUCCUCUCACCUAAAGUGUAUGAUAUUUUACAGGCUGUAUUAAGGAAACAGCAAAUCCCAAAAUAAUGGAUUAUUCUGUUAAAAUUAUGAAUUCGAACUUUAUCAAUGUAGCUGUAUCUGAAAGUGCUAUUUAUCAGUUCCCCAUUGAUACCUAACUUGCAAUUCUUCAGUCAUGGAUGACUGAGUUGUUUUGAUUUCAAAACGGAAGGUCGCAACCAUAUUUUGUCAAGCUGGGCCGAUUCUUAUCACUGAGAUGACCCGACCAAACAAUACACCAUCACUAGCUGUGGAUUGGGUGUUGAAAGGGAGGUCAACACAGUCCAUUGUUGGGACUGAUCAGGCCACCUCUAAAUCAGACCAGCCUGGCAAAACAAGGUGUUUGUUGUUUGAGCUUGUGUUUACAUUCAAUGGUGCUCAGUUAUCCGUCGCUGUAGGUGUGCAAUAUGGGAUGAACGGCAAGCUGGUGAACCAUCCUUGAAGAUAUGACCACACAGACAGUCAAUAGAAGGUUUUGCCCUUCACUGACACAUAAACACUUGUAUACUCGGUGUGUUACCUCCAGAGUGAAAGUUGGAAAAAAAUCACUCGGUGGGACUCGAACCCACGACCUCCUGCUUUCUAG